CCGUUCCUCACUAAACCACUAAAAAGCUUUAUUAUGUUACUAAUUGAUUUGUUCCUUAUUCUCUGUAGAUUGGGUUUAUGCAUUCGUGAGAUUGAUCCACAUUUAAAUUGCCCAGAUGUUUGUCGAGGUAAAACACAUAAAUUUUGCAAAGACAAACCAUACACUGUUGGUUUCUGUGGUACUUAUAUGAAUGACUUAUUACGUGAUGCAAAAAUCCAUUAUACAGAAGAGAAAAAAGUAAAAGAAUUAAAAAGGAUUUUGAAAAAUUGGUUAUUACAUGUACCUGUUGAAAGACGUCUACCGAUGGAAUUUUUUCUGCAUUUUAUUAAUAAUAAAAAAUUGUUUCUCAAAGUCAUUGAAAUUCAACGACAAAGUGCAUUGAUAGCUUAUUGUCCUUGUCAAGCUAAAUAUAUAGUAAGUAGUAUGAAGUUUAUACUUGAAAUAAUCAGUUUGAUGUGUAGAUGAUACUGAAUAACCGAGUUGUUUGUGUUGAAAGUUCUUCAUCGAUGCUCAUCUUUAGCUGAAAUUACAAAUUCUAUUUCAAAAGAGCUGCUUUAUUGACCAAUAGAGAAACUCGAUUUAUGCACAUCUAUCACGUCAAUUUAUAGGCAGAUAUAUGAAUAAACUGGCUGACUGUCAUGCAAAGACUAACUUUUUAGUUGUAGUGAU